AUGCUCUUACCUGGAAGAUUCCUGAAAUCUUUUGCUGGCUUCAUAAAGAAGGGAACCUCUCUGAGGAGGAAAUGACUCGAACGUUUAAUUGUGGGAUCGGUGCUGUCUUGGUAGUUCAGAAGGAGCUGGCUCAGCAGGUCCUCAAGGACAUACAGAGACACGAGGCUGCCUGGCUGAUCGGGAAAGUUGUCUCCCCACAAAAAGGCUCUGCCCGUGUUAAAGUCCAUAAUCUGCUUCGAGCCCUGCAAGCAAAUAGGUCACUGUCUUUGCACAGCCAUAUCCAAGGCAAAAUCCAAACAAACAAAGUGAAGGUUGCUGUCCUUAUCUCUGGAACAGGCACAAACCUGGAAGCCCUCAUAAAUAGCACAAAGAAGCCCACCAGUUUCGCACAAAUAGUUCUUGUUGUUUCUAACAAAGCUGGUGUGGAGGGGUUGAGGAAAGCUGAAAGAGCUGGUAUUCCUACAAGGGUUAUUGACCAUAAAUUGUAUGAAAGUCGCACUGAAUUUGACAGUGCAGUUGACAAAGUCCUUGAAGAAUUCUCAGUUGAACUGAUCUGUCUGGCUGGAUUUAUGCGAAUACUGUCGGGUCCUUUUGUCAAAAAAUGGGAAGGAAAAAUACUGAACAUCCACCCAUCUCUACUGCCUUCUUUUAAGGGAGCAAAUGCCCACAAAUUGGUGUUACAAGCCGGAGUCCGAGUCACAGGCUGUACUGUGCACUUCGUAGCUGAGGAAGUUGACGCUGGAGCAAUCAUUUUCCAAGAGGCAGUGCCAGUUAAGGUUGGUGACACGGUGGAGACCCUGUCCGAAAGGGUGAAGGAGGCCGAGCACCGAGCCUUCCCAGCGGCCCUGCAGCUUGUGGCCAGCGGGGCCAUACAGGUGGGGGAAGCUGGCAAGAUCUACUGGAAGUAG